AUGUCUAAAAUACCAAGCCAACAGGAGGUCAUUGUCGGAGUCGACGCAAAUGCAAAGAUGGGACUUCAACAGCAAUCCGAUGUGCUAGGAAAAUGGUAUUAUCCAGCGGAGCGCACGUCGGACAACGGUGACCGUUUGGUCGACUUGUCCGAACAGACAGGCCUCAUCAUCGCUUCCACGUUUAAGAGGAAUCAUCGACGCCAUCAGCUCACGUGGCAGCGCAAGCGGAAGGUGAGGACUCUUAAGCUUCAGCUCCACUACGUUCUGGCGAGGAACAUUCUUCAGUCAGUUAUCCGAAAAUCUAGAGCUGUUUGGGAAGUCGCGUUCGACUCUGACCACCGUCCAGUUCUCCUCAGCUUCAAGGUUUCACAAGAGAAACCGAGGAGUUCAUCUCCAACCGAAAAUCGACAUGACAAGUCUGAAAGACGUAGAAUGCAGAACAAAAUUCCGCCAACGUGCAUCUAUUCAUGUUGGAGUACGGACCAGGAAGAAGCCUAG